AUGACGAAAGGCCUCCGCGCAGACGUGGACUCAACUCCGGACUUAGCACGGUGGGCCGCUGAGGUUGCAGACAUCGAGCAGGUGGUGGAGGCCUGGCUAGCAGUCGGCAACCCCAUGCCUAAAAGCUGCCAUAUCUGCCGAAGGCGUAGGAGGACGAGCACUUUCUAUGCCGAG